GUGGGUACUACAGGCCCCUCUGCAAGGUGGGUUGGCAGCUGUCCCUCGUUUUCAGUUCCUCAGUGGGCAGUUCCCAAAGCUGUGACCACCAGGUGGCCUCGUUGCUUGGGCCAACGUAUGGGUGUUAGAGGACAAUAGUAGGGACUUCUCUUGGCCAGGAAGUCAAAAAGCAAGGGGUUACAAUUUCAUAGUCCCCUCCAAAUCGUGACCACAGUGACUUAGAGACGACCUAUGGGCUCUGCCACUCACACGUGGGCCUCUGGGGGAGUCUGUCCAGACCACAGCAGCGGUGCACAUUCUGUCCCAUGCACACUUGUGGUUCAGGGCCCCAGGUGGGAGUCAGGACUGCUCAGCAGGCCUUUACUCAUAACAUGCCCCUCCCCUCCCCUGUGAAGUGUGACUGUCCACCUGGCUCCCACACAAACCCUGCGCAGGCAGAAGCUUGAGGGCAAAGUUUGCCUGGCUUAGAGACAGGGUCAGCCAGAGAGGAACCAGGCGUUCUCCUGAAAGGUGAUGUCAGAGGGGAGGCUGAGGAAUGUCCUUGGCCUGGGCAAUGGGGAUAGGCACUGUUGGUCCAGGAGAGGGGUUGGGAGAUAUCUAGCAGGCUUGGCAGGUGCACACAGAGCCUCGGUUUCUCAGCUGGCUGCGGAGAGGCAGAGCCCAGGAGUCUGCGGUGUUGCUGUGGGCUACCCUCUGGAUACAGUGAAGGUCAGGAUCCAGACUGAGGCCAAGUAUACCAGCAUUUGGCACUGCAUCCGGGACACGUACUGUCAAGAGCGGGUGUUCUUGACAUCACCCACAGAGGUGGCCAAGGUCCGCCUGCAGACACAGGCCCAAGCUCAGAUACAGCAGCGGCGGCCCUCAGCCUCCUGGACAUCAGUGGCUCCUGCUUUGUGUCCUGCAACCAAUGCAUGUCUGGAACCAAGGCCCAAGUACCAUGGGCCGCUGCACUGUUUAGUCACAGUGGCCCGCGAAGAGGGGCUUCGGGGGCUCUACAAGGGCAGCUCAGCUCUGCUCCUUCGUGAUGGUCACUCUUUUGCUACCUACUUCCUUUCUUAUGCCAUGCUCUGUGAGUGGCUCACCCCAGCUGGCCAUAGCCAGCCAGAUGUCCUAGGUGUGCUGGUGGCUGGCGGAUGUGCUGGUGUCCUGGCCUGGGCCGUGGCCACCCCCAUGGAUGUGAUCAAGUCACGCCUGCAGGCAGACGGGCAGGGCCAGCAGCGCUACCGGGGCCUCCUGCACUGUGUGGUGACCAGCGUGCGGGAGGAGGGCCCCAGGGUGCUCUUCAAAGGGCUGACGCUCAACUGCUGCCGUGCCUUUCCUGUCAAUAUGGUGGUCUUCGUGGCCUAUGAGGCUGUGCUGCGGCUCACUCGGAGACUGUUCACAUAGGGCCACUGGUCGGAAGCAGCCAGCUCACAGCCGCUGGAGGCCAAGGGGAGAAUGGGUGGGUUCAGGACCCCACAGGGCUGUCACUGGAACAGCAGAGGGCCUUCUGUGCAGUGACUUAGGUGAGGCCUGAGCUUGGCCUGCCCAGCUGCUGCUCACAAAGUCAGGGGGUUGAUCUGCUUGGGGGGUCACGAGUCAAGGCUGUGUGGGUCUCCUUGAUGAGGAUGCGCCACUUGGAGUCAUUUGUCACCCAGCAACUGUCCAUUCCUGAGUAUCCUCCCUUGUCCACACCCAUGACCUCAGAGCAUUCUCUCACCAGCCCCAGUUCCACUCAUCUUGUGAUCCACACUCUUCCCUUAAGAGACAAGUGAGGGACCAGACAGCAAGCUGAGCCAUCUGGCUACAGGCUGGGCUUGUUCCCUGUCCCAGGCUGUCCAAGAGGGCCCAGAGUCCUCAUUGGCCCACGAGCUGGUGUGGGGCUUCACUGAGUACGCAUUUACACUGCUUGCCACAUAAAGACCCUGGAACCUGGGUCAAUAAAUGUUUCUGAGGUUGCUCA